AUGUUUAGGCCAUUCCGACCGUUUCAGUCGUUGGUGACUGGAUACAACUCGGCCCCCAGUACAUUAAAUGUUGUGAGAAACUUCCAUGCCUCGUCCGAGGCUCUGGUGAAGCAGAAGUAUCUCAAGAAGAUCCGAAGAGUGCACAAGCAUUUUGCUAGUCAGAUGAUGAAACCCAAGCCAGCAUUUGUUGAUCCGGUAUUAGGACGGCCAGGUGUGGGAUUUCUGGAAAGAAUUAAAGCCCGUGUUUCAGAACCAUAUACGCAAAUCGACAUUCUAGACGCACAGAACUCGGCCAACCUGUUAUAUGGAGCCGAGCAGGCUGCUUUACAAAAAGCUCCUCGAGAGGCCCGAGAGGCCAUUUUGUCGGAAGAAUCGCAUAAACGAGGUGUCAUCGAACGCAUAAUUAGCAUGGAAAACUCAUCCCCUUACCAGUCCAAGAAACUGGCAGUCAACUUUGCAGUCAAGGACUUUGCCCGGUUUGAGGGCGACACUGGAUCCAGUGAGGUCCAGGCUGCCGUGUGGACCAUUCGCAUCAAUUUCCUGGCCAACCAUUUAAAAGAGAACAAACAGGAUCUUAAAGGAUUGCGUCAAUUACAGCAACUAGUUCACAAUCGUCAGGGAAUACUGAAAUAUCUCAAGCGAAAGGAUCCCGAAAGAUAUUUCUGGACCAUCGAGAAACUCGGUUUGUCCGAUGCCGCUGUCACAGAGGAGUUCCACAUGUCGCGAAAAUACUUCCUCCAAACACAAUUUUUCGGUGACAAGACCCUGCCACUGAAGAGAACCAAGAAGGACACCAGAGAACAGCGCAAACUGGAAACCAUGCGUAAGAAGGCUCGUAAAUUCUUGGCCCAACAAAAGAAAUAA